AUGAAUCCUCUACGCAGGUUCCAUUUUUUAACCCCUCCGUAUUGGAAGAAUGGGUUCUUCAUUUCCUGCGCACAAAAUGGGGGAUUCCCCAAAGGAACAAUAACUUCGCGUGGAUUUAAAAGUUCCCCAGUGACUAUCCCCCUUAGAGAAAGUCAGCCAAACACAAUGCACUUCUCACUACAAAAAAAAAAUAUAUGUACAAACAGCACCAAGUGUGUAAAUGUCCACCCGUAUCUGUUUCCUCCGCUGGGGAUGGUGCCUAAGAGGGUUCGCUAUGAUGUCCACAGAGGAGGGGAGCAACAUACAGACAUUACAAACUUGCUCCAUACAUUUAAGCGUUUUAAAAUGGUGAAGACGAGUUCCUACAGAAGGAAAAGUAGGAGCUCUCCUAAUGGACAAGGACAAAAAGCAAAAAUAGGAAUAAAACGGCUAAGUGCUGAAUACGUAAAAACAGGACAGCUUCUCGUGAAGCAAAGAAAAAUUAUUGCUUUCAAUUUAGAAAGAAAAACACGAAGACGCAAUUUUAAGUAUUACCCUGGGGAACAUGUUAAGGUUACGAAAAACACAAGUUUAGUAGCCCUCACAAAUGGCAGAGUGAAGUAUACAUUUCACACUACGCAGAAUGUGCUCAUCGUGAAUGUACUUCCAGAGGAGAUAGAUGAACUGAGGGAGGAAGAUUUAUAUAGAUACAGAACUGAACAUGUGAGAUCGCUAGAGGAAAAUAGAAGUCUUGUUUAUCUUCGAAUGAAACAUGUCGUGAGCUUUCCUCCAAGUAAAGAGACGCAGUUUAGAAAACCACCACUGCGUCCACAAUUUUUGGCAAGGUAUGAUAUAGAAGAUAAUCCUACCUUGAGGGAGGUGCCCGUGUUGUAUCACAAGCCGAAGUGA